AUGUUUCAGGCAGGUACUAUAACAACGCCAGAAAUCAAGGAUAUUACAAAAAUGGAACGAAUAGGAGCGCAUUCACACAUUAGAGGUCUUGGUCUUGACGAAUCGCUAGAACCUCGUCAAAUUUCGCAAGGAAUGGUUGGUCAAAACAAAGCACGUAAAGCCGCUGGCGUAAUUUUGCAGAUGAUAAAAGAGGGAAAAAUAGCAGGCCGAGCGAUUCUUAUGGCUGGACCACCAGGGACAGGAAAAACAGCCAUUGCAAUGGGAAUGGCACAGGCUUUAGGGAAAGAUAUACCAUUUACGAUGCUGGCGGCAUCAGAAAUUUUUUCACUCGAAAUGUCUAAAACUGAGGCUCUUACACAAGCAUUUCGUCGUUCAAUCGGUGUGCGCAUUAAAGAAGAAGCAGAGAUUAUUGAAGGUGAAGUCGUAGAAAUUCAAAUUGAUCGUUCUAUUACAGGAGGUACAAAAACUGGAAAACUUACUUUAAAGACAACGGAUAUGGAAACUAUAUACGAAUUGGGUCAUAAAAUGAUAGAUGUUUUGAAUAAAGAAAAAGUUUUAGCUGGAGAUGUCAUUACAAUCGACAAAGCGUCUGGCAAGAUUUCUAAACUGGGUCGUUCAUUUACACGUGCCAGAGAUUAUGAUGCAAUGGGAGCGGAUGUGAGUUAUCAAUUUAUCUUAUGCGAAUUACAAAAGCGUAGAGAAGUAGUUCAUACAGUUUCAUUACAUGAAAUUGAUGUAAUUAAUAGUAGAACUCAAGGAUUUUUAGCCUUGUUUUCUGGUGAUACUGGUGAAAUUAAAUCUGAAAUUCGUGAUCAAAUCAACACUAAGGUUACUGAAUGGAGAGAAGAAGGAAAAGCUGAAAUUAUACCUGGUGUAAGUUAUUUUCAUAUGCUUGAUAUUGAAUGUUUUUCAUUUCUAAAUCGCGCUCUCGAAGAUGAGAGAGCUCCGGUAGUUAUCAUGGCAUCAAAUAGAGGUAUUACGCGAAUUAGAGGUACAAAAUACAAAAGUCCUCAUGGAAUACCAAUCGAUUUAUUAGAUAGGUUACUGAUAAUAAAAGAUGUUGCAAUGAAUGAAGAAGCUCGAGAUGUUUUGACAAAAAUUGGUGUGGAAACUUCGUUGAGAUAUGCAAUUCAUUUGAUUACUACUGCUAAUCUCGUUGCUAAAAGAAGAAAGGCUAACGUUGUUGAUGUAAGUGACAUCAAACGCGUGUAUAAACUUUUCUUGGAUGAAAAAAGAUCGGUAAAUUAUUUACGAGAAUUUCAGGAACAGUAUAUGUUUAAUGAAAUUCCUGUAAAUGAAGAAAUGGAAGGAGUUGAAAAUGCCGAAGCAAUGGAAACGUAA